GUAAGUGUACCUAUAUUAAGUCGAGUGGCUAGAAGUCUUACAUUAAGCAAGUAUAAUUACAGGUUUAAAAUUGAUUAAUUUAAAUAUCUCACUAAUAUAAUAAUUCUAAUAUGUUCACAUAGUUCAAGAAAUCACUACUUACUUUUCAUAUUUCACAUUAAAAACUUCUGCUUUUGCCUGUUUUAAUAUUUUGAGCUUCUUUUCUCUGUUAUUCGUGAGUUUCCUGUUUCUUCUCCAAAUAUGGCUGAAUCCUUUGCAUUCGAGAUCGCCGGAAAAGUAUUGGAGAAACUAGGGAGUGCUGCCUAUGAAACAAUUAGCUUGCCAUGGGGUGUUCGAGAGGAGUUUGAAAAGCUUAAGCUGACCCUAGCUGCUAUCAGAGCUGUGGUCCUGGAUGCUGAACAACAACGGGCUCGUAGCCUGGAACUCAGUCUUUGGCUGCAAAGGUUCAAAGAUGCUUGCUACCACGUGGAAGAUUUGAUAGACGAGUUCGAGAUCGAAGCGUUGAGGAGGCAAGUCCUGAAACGGGGAAGCACUGUAAGGAAGGUACGCCAUUUCUUUUCUGGCUCUAACCCUUUGGCAUUUCGCUUUAGGAUGGGCUAUAAGAUCAAAAAGGCAAACGAGAUGCUGAAAGAGAUUGCAGCUGAAAAGGCCAAGUUUCAUCUCACUGAAAAACAUGAAACUAAUGUCAUACAUCGUGAGAGGGAAACCUACUCCUUUGUUAAGACAUCUAGUGUCAUCGGUCGAGAUGAGGCUAAACAACACCUAAUAAACUUGUUAAUGAAUCCAACUGAUGGGGAAGAUAUCCCUGUCCUUCCCAUAGUUGGGAUCGGAGGUAUUGGGAAAACUACCCUUGCCCAAUUGGUGUUUAACGAGGAGAGUGUGAAGUCGCAUUUUGAAUUGAGAAUCUGGGUGUGUGUUACAGAGGAUUUUGACAUCAAACAACUGAUGAUAAAAAUCAUUAAAUCUGCCACUGGUAUGAACUGCAAGGACAUGAAUAAGGAGGAAUUACAUAAAGUUUUACAAGAUUGUUUGAAUGGUAAAAGAUUUUUUAUGGUACUAGAUGAUGUCUGGAACGAGGACAAGAAGAAAUGGAGUGAGCUGAAAGAUUUGUUGUGUGGGGGAGCCCAAGGGAGUAAAAUCAUUGUCACAACUCGUAUCCGCAAAGUGGCUACAAUCACAGGCACAAUCCCUCCAUACGAUUUAGAGCAUCUUUCUUAUGAGAAUUGUCUAUCAUUGUUUCUUAAACUUGCCUUUAAAGAAGGUGAAGAGAAACAACAUGACAAUCUUGUAAGAAUCGGGGAAGGAAUUGUUCAAAAAUGCAAAGGGGUUGCUUUGGCCGUGAAGACUUUAGGCAGUCUACUCUGUUCAACAAGGGUACAACAUGAUUGGGAACUUGUUAGAGAUAGUGAACUAUGGAAGUUGAAACAGGAGGAAAAUGACAUCUUGCCUGCUCUAAAACUAAGUUAUGAUCAUUUGCCCUGGUAUUUAAAGCAAUGUUUUGCUUUUUGUUCAGUUUUUCCAAAAGAUUUUGAAUUCAGUCAUCUCCUUUUGAUCUCCCUUUGGAUGGCAAAUGGCUUUUUGCAAUCACCAUACGAAAAUGAAGAGCCAGAAGAUAUUGGGAAUCGGUAUAUGCAAGAGUUACUGUCAAGAUCUUUCUUCCAACAAGUUGACGAUGACCUUUUUUUUCCCACCUUGAAAAUGCAUGAUUUAGUACAUGAUCUUGCAUUAUCAGUGGCGCAAAAUGAGGUGAAUUCAUGUAACCAUUAUUCGACUGGGAAUGUUCGACAUUUAUGGUUUGAUCUAUCAAAGCAAGAUGCUUCCCAGUUACCAAAUAACUUGGGUUGUCUGCAAUCACUUUUCUUAUUAAAUGAAGAUGGCAAGGCUGAUAGCGAAUCUCUUGUUGCAGAAGUCAUCUCAAGGUCUAAACAUUUGAGGGUGUUACAUUUGGCUAACUGCAGUUUAGAGCAAUUGCCAAACAACAUACGUUAUUUAAAGCAGUUGAGAUGUUUGAACCUAGGCAACAAUGGAAAUAUAAAAAGACUUGCAAAUUCCAUUUGCAAUUUGCAGAGUUUGCAAACACUUAGCCUUGGUGGAUGUUGGGGAAUUGAAGAGUUACCAAAAGACAUAAGGUACCUGAUCAGCCUUAGAUCAUUAAUGGUAACAACAAAACAGACUCGUUUGCAAGAGAAUAGAAUAUCGUGCCUAACUUCUCUUCGGACGUUGAUCUUUUCUGAGUGUGAAAAUUUAGAAAAAUUGUUUGAAGACAUUCAAAACCUAACAGCCCUUCGGGAAUUAUUCAUAGUUGAAUGCAACAACUUGGUUUCAUUGCCACAAGGUUUAAAUUACCUAACUGCAUUAGAAAUUUUGGUAAUUUUCAAUUGUAAAAAGCUUGAUCUCACUAUGGAGGAGUUGGAACUUGAGAAGAAAGAAGACGGUAGCCUCCGGAAACUGGCGAUUGGAGGAGUGCCAAAGCUGGAGUCACUACCCCAGUGGAUUCUCCUAGGAUCCGCCAAAACAUUGCAGCGCUUGACUAUAGGAGAAUUAGAGAAUCUCUCGAUGUUACCAACGUGGUUCCAACAUCUCACAUCGCUUCAAACUCUUGAAAUUGGUGAUUGUCCAAAGUUGUCGUUUCUGCCCGAAGGGCUGCAACACCUUACUGCACUCAAAAGAUUACAUAUUGGAGAGUGUCAAAAAUUAAGCAAAAGAUGCAUUAAAGAAACCGGUGAAGACUGGCCUAAGAUUGCUCAUGUCCCUGAUUUUUAUUGUGACGAAACAGAUGACAAAUAGAUAGUUCAUGGGUGCCGAGGUACCGACCCGAUGUUGUUGUGAACUGAUAGCAAUAAGUACAUCUUGCGGGCAUGUCUGAUCAUUUAUUGAGGUGAAACCCGGAAGGUAUAGAGGCUCUUCAUUGUCCUCCCCAACAUUGAUCAUGGAGUUUCUUCCUUUUCUUAGCCGCUUAGUCAGUAAUUGGGACAACUGACUCAUCACAUUCCUUUGGGACUCUAACAUUUGGUCCCUCAUGUCUUGUUGGAUCUUCGCCAGUUGCUCUUGCAUUUGCAGUUGUAACUGGUCUUGCAUCUCUUUUUGAAGUUGUUCCAGUCUUUCCAAUCUUUGAUCCAUAUCUUUUGUCCUUUUCCUUGUACCGUAAAGAUGCCUAGUCGCUUGACUUUUAUCGGUUCCCAGGUUAACUAAAAUAAUUUUACCUAAUUAGGGUCUUUUUAGGGAAAGUCCAAUGCAAAUAAUGCAAUGCAAGUGCAAAUGCAUGGAAUGAAUACAAAAGAAAGGAAGGCGUUGAUUCUGAA